AUGCACCUGAAACGGAUCAAAAAUUUGACGGCCCCUCCGAAAGGGAGGGCAGAGCACAAGCAGGUGGAGAUGGAUUGGGCUGGCAGAUUUUUUGCCAGGUGUGUGACCUCGGCGUCGGCGUCGCUGUCGCUGGGAAGCCGCAAUUGCGCCCCGCUCAAAAAGGUCAGGUCGUUCGCAGUCUUACUUUGCGACUCCAAGUCACCGCUGCUGUCGCUGCUGCUCCACGCGCCUGUCCGCAUUGUCCUCCAUGCGACACAAACCACGCAGCUCCCUGCGCAGCAACGUCGUCGCGCGCGCGUGGACGGCGGGUAUUCCUUCGUCAUCUUCGGGCCCGAAGACGCAUUCGGCAAGUCUCUGGGCCAGCAGGAGGCGACCAGAGUGCCGACGCGGCCGAUGGUCGCCACGUGCUGGGUGCGGUACUGCGCCAUGGAGGCGGGGAGCGUGGCUAUGGCUGAGACGUCGAGGGCUGCCGGGCGGCCGGUUCCGGUUCCGGGUCUGCGGCUUGGGCUGUGGUUCGUGCCGCCGCCUCUGCCCGGGGGAGCAGUCCCGGCCCCGGCACCGGCAUUUCCACCGCCGCCGUCGUCGUCCGAGUCGUCGCCGUCACUCCCAUCAGUCCCAUCGUCCGAGUCCUCAUCCGGGCUAUCAUCCUCCGAGUCAGAGCUGCUGCUGAUGAUUGUGGCCUGCCCGCCAGCCCGCCGGGACAAACCCUGCAUGCCGAGGUUGGAGAUGCUGUCCUGCGGCACGACCGUCCCGGCGUUGGAUAUGACGGACCGGGGUCGCGGCUAUGCUGCUGGUGGCGGUACUGGUGCCGGCCGGCGAGGAAGUGCCGGCUGUCGAAGGGGCGCUGGCGGACGAGCAGGAGAUGGUGGCACCCCUCGAGCAGGUACCAGUGCCGACUGGCGAACGGGUCCCGGCGCCCGAGGAGUCCACCCGCAGACGCGGCACCGACGGGGCGGAACGACGAUGUCACGGUGGCAUCCCGGGCAGAGGUCGGGGAUUUCGGCGCCGUACAUUGCCAUGAAGAGGCACGUCUCGCACAGCUCCUCCUCUUCUUCUGCCGGCGGUGUGGGCUCGGCCCUGCGUCUGGGCGCGGCGGGGCUGUCGACGGGCGAGAAUCUCGACGAUGCAACCUCCGCGCGGCUUACUCUGCAAACCCAUGGCGGUAUCAGGGGAGACGUGACCGCUGCAUCCAGUACAGCCAUCAACAGUGGCAACACCUAUCUCAACGAGUACUUCAACCGCAGUAAAUUCUACCCCGACGAUGAAUCACUAUCUCUCAGCAACCAACAACAUCAUCAAGAGCAUCUUGGCAAACUCUCGGACAAGAUAGCAAAGAUCGACAACCCAAGCAUGUUAAGGCAGCCAAAGCAGUCGGCUAGGAAGCAUAGCAGGAUGCCGCCGAAGAUAGAUGCGCUGUUGAGCAUGGCAAUUAGUUUAAGGGGCAGCAUCAAAUGGAGCAUGGAAGUCAAAGUCAAGUUUGAGUCACAAAAGUAG